UCUUUCUCCGGUCGGUGCUCGCCAUCUCUCUCCAUUUCCCCGCCUCACGAGAAACCCACACGCGCUUUUCCUCCAUAAUUUAUUGCUCAGGGUUCUUGCCGAGCAGUACUGCGCAACCACCCCCGCCGCGCGCGCGCGCGCAAGGACGAGCUCUUCCCGUGUUGCGUGCUUCCUUCUAUGCCUGCUUGUUUGGUCAGGGGAGGAGGAGGAGUUGCGGGGUGCAGGUGGCGGCAUUGGUGAGAUUUUGCGGUGAGAUCCAGCCAUGUCGGAGGCCGACCGGUUACGCCUCCCCGCGGCGGCGAUGGCGCUCGACGGCGGCGCCGUGCGGGACAAGCCGGACUCCAAGGCUAACGUGUUCGCGGAUCUUGGGUCCCCGGUGUCGCCGCUGCGGGCGCGGGCCAGCAUGACGACCUCCUCCUCCUCCUCUUCCGGGUCGGCCAAGUCGCCAGCGCAGUCAAAUGUUGGGGCGGCGGGAGUGGCAGGUGGGAGGAGCCACUCCGGUGAGCUGGCGGUGGAGAGCCACCCGCCGCGGCUUCCGGGGCACCGGCGGUCCGGAUCUGGCCCGCUGAUUUUCUCCGGCGGCAGCAGCAGCGGAGGGAGCGGGGGAGGCGGAGGGGACCGUGGGAGCACGGCGAGCUCGCCGAUGACCAAUGCGCUCCCCGCCGGUAACAUCUGCCCAUCUGGGCGCGUUCCGGGGGCGGCGGCCGCGCCGCCCCCGCCGCGCUCCCGCCCGGACGUGCUCGGAUCCGGCACCGGCCACUAUGGCCACGGGAGCAUCAUGCGCGGUGCCGGCAUGGUCCCCGCGAGAAGCAGCAUUGAUGCGCCGUCCUUUCUCGGACACUCAAUGCGAUCUCCGGCAAGCUCCCCGGUGGCGCCACCGAGCGGCGGAAGCCUCCAGGAGAUGACUCGCUUAGGCAACGAGUGGUACAAGAAGGGGAGGCACGGGGAGGCGCUGCGGUACUACGACCGUGCGGUGUCUCUCUGCCCCGAAAGCGCCGCGUGCCGCGGAAAUCGUGCCGCCGCUCUCAUCGGCCUCGGCCGGCUCGCCGAUGCGCUCCGCGACUCCGAGGAGGCCGUGCGGCUCGACCCGGCCAGCGGUCGCGCCCACAGCCGCCUCGCUGGUCUCUACCUCCGGCUGGGAAUGAUUGAAAAGGCGAGGAGGCACUUCACACAAGCCAGGCAUCUUCACGAGUCCGACCCUGCAGACUGGGAGAAGCUGCAGGAUGUGGAGAUGCAUCUAGGAAGAAGCACAGAUGCCAGGAAAAUUGGAGAUUGGAAGAGCGCGCUGAGGGAAGCGGAUGCUGCAAUUGCGGCCGGAGCCGACUCGUCUCAGUUGCUUCGUGCCUUGAGAUCAGAAGCACUUCUCCGGCUCCACAAGCUAGAGGAGGCUGAUUCG